UCCGGUUCCCUGUGAGCGGCGGCGGCAGCAGCAGCAGCAGCGGCGAUGGCGGCGUCGCCCCCUCGCGUGGUGGAGUUGGUGGCAGCGGCGGUGGCGUCGGUGCGCGUCCCGCGCCCCGGGGACCGCGUCUACAAGGACGAGUGCGUCUACUCCUUCCAUAGCCCCGAGAUGGAGGGUGGCCUCUACUUGUGUCUCAACUCCUUCUUGGGGUUCGGCCGCGAGCACGUGGAGCGGCACUACCGCAGAACGGGGCAGCGCCUCUACCUACACAUCCAACGCACACGCAAGCAGGAGGAGGAUACAAGUGCAGCCCGAGACGAGGACCCCCCUCGCAAGAAACCCACGCGGCUCGCCAUCGGAGUGGAGGGCGGGUUCUCGGUGGAGGCUGACCGGGCCGAGUAUGAUGAGGUCGUGAGACUGGUGGUGUUCCCCGAGUAUCUGCGCCUGAGUCUCCCCGAGCUCGAGCAGCUUCCGGCCAUCGCCCGCGAGCGCGUGAACCAGGCAUGCACUGCGGUGCUGGCGGCCGACUCGGCGUCGCGGCGCCAGGAAGUGGAGGCGUGGGACGGGGAGGUCAGGAACGUCUCCCCCCACGCGCUUGGCCUGCAGCAGCUCGACAACGGCGUGCGUAUUCCUCCCAGCGGGUGGAAGUGCUCGCGCUGCGACAUGCGUGAGAACCUGUGGGCGAAUCUGACGGACGGCACGGUGCUGUGCGGGCGCCGCUACUUCGACGGCACUGGGGGCAAUGGCCACGCACUGGAGCACUUUCGCGAGACUGGCUUCCCGCUCGCCGUCAAGCUCGGCACCGUUACGCCUGACGGCGCCGAUGUGUUUUCGUACGCGGAGGAUGAGAUGGUUCUCGACCCGAGUCUGUCCGAUCACCUGGCGCAUUUCGGCAUCGACAUGAUGGCGAUGCACAAGACGGACAAGACAAUGACGGAGUUGGAGAUCGACGCAAAUCAGCGCGUGGGCGAGUGGGAGGCGCUUCAGGAGUCAGGGACGCAGCUCACGCCACUCUAUGGCCCGGGCUACACGGGGAUGGCCAACUUGGGGAACUCCUGCUACCUCAACUCCGUCAUGCAAGUGCUCUUCAGCGUGCCUGACUUCCGCAGCAAGUAUGUGGAUGGGUUGUCACGGAUCUUUGAGGAGAGCCCCAUGGACCCAGCCCAGGACUUCAACACACAAGUAGCGAAACUUGGCCAUGGUCUCCUCUCUGGCAUCUACUCGCAGCCACCCGCUGACACAAACAGCACUGAGCAGGUGGAGCAGAAGGGAGUUUCUCCACGCAUGCUAAAGACUCUGAUUGGCCGAGGACACCCGGAGUUCUCAACUAAUCGGCAACAAGAUGCACAAGAACUCUUCCUCCACUUCAUCAACCUCAUCGAGCGCAACAGCCGGGGAGCGGAGAACCCGACAGAGGCGUUCCGCUUCCUGGUGGAGGAGCGCAUCCAGUGUCAGCGUUCACAGCGUGUCAAGUACACACAGCGCGUCGACUACAUUGUGCAGUUGCCCGUUCCUAUGGAGGCGGCUGCCAACAAGGGUGAGCUGGAGGAGUACGAAUGCCGGCGCCGCGAGUCCGAGGCGUCGGGCUGCCCGGCGCCCGAGCUGGUACGUGCACACGUGCCCUUUUCCGAGUGCUUGCGCGCAUUCUCUGAAACGGAGAGCCUCGACGACUUCUGGAGCAGCGCCCUACAGGCCAAGAGCCACGCCAUCAAGACGACCCGUUUCGCCUCCUUCCCCGACUUCCUCGUGAUCCAGGUCAAGAAAUUCACGUUCGGCCUCGACUGGGUCCCCAAGAAACUGGACGUCUCCAUCGACAUGCCUGAGGAGCUGGAUCUGUCGCACCUGCGGGGGGCGGGGCUCCAGCCAGGGGAGGCGGAGCUCCCGGACAUGGCCCCGCCUCCCCUGGCCACCCCGGAUGAGCCCCCGAAAGGUAUCGGGAUUGGAGAGAGGGGCGCCCUCCUGUCCCCCGACACCAUGCCGUCUACACCCGAGCUGGAUGAGGCUGUGGUAAGCCAGCUGUGUGAGAUGGGCUUCCCCGCGGACGCCUGCCGCAAGGCCGUCUACUUCACGGGGAACGCCGGCGUGGAGCCCGCCAUGAACUGGGUCAUCACGCACAUGGAGGACCCAGAUUUCGCGGAGCCGCUGAUGCUGGGCAGCUCGGGGGCGGCAACGCCGUCGGGGGGGGCCCGCACCCCCCAGGAACCGCCCCCCCCAGAUGAAGAGAGUGUAGCCAUGAUUGUGUCGAUGGGGUUCACUCGCGAGCAGGCGGUGAGGGCACUCCGAGCCACGAGUAACAACCUCGAGCGUGCAGCUGACUGGAUAUUCAGCCACGCUGACGACCUGGAUGCAGUCGCCAUGGAGACAUCGGAGGGUGGUUCCCGUGGCGACCCAGCGAGCGAGGCUCACACGCCGGCCGGGCCUCGCGUGCGCGACGGACCCGGGCGCUACCGCCUGUUCGCCUUCAUCAGCCACAUGGGCACUUCCACCAUGUGCGGCCACUACGUGUGCCACAUCCGCAAGGAGGGCCGCUGGGUGAUCUUCAACGACCAGAAGGUGGCGGCUUCUGAGAAGCCUCCUAAAGACCUUGGAUACAUCUACUUCUACGAGCGUGUGGCAAGCUAGGGCAGGGGGAGUGGUGAGAUUGAGGGAGUGGUGAGCUAGGAGGGGUGGUGAGCUAUGGAAAGUGAUGAGCUAGAGGAAGUGGUGAGCUAUUACCUGUGAUGCAACAGACUGUGGCUCUCGGCAUCGCAGGCGUCACUCACUUAAGCAAUAUAAAGGUCUUGUCAAUGCCCGGGUGUUUGCCUGUGUGGAUCACGGCAGCAGGGAGGUGAACGGUGAAUCGCCGGCAAUACCGAGUUAUGGCAUGAGCCAGACGCCGCUUAUCCUGGUGCCGGAAGUGUGAAUGUGACACCAGCACUACCACCGCUACCACUGGACCACCACUACCACCCCCAGCACUACCCCUACCCAACACUACCACUUCCCGGCACUACCCCACCCAGCAGUACCCCUGCCUAGCACUACCACCACCCGGCACAACCACCACCCAGCACCGCCACCACUACCCCCACCCAACACCGCCACCACGACCACCACCCAGCACUACCACCACCCUGCAAUACCACCUCUACCAUCACCGAGCACUACCUUCACCCAGUACUACUACCACCACUACCACCAUCCAGCACUACUACCCCUGCCAGCACCCUGCACUACCAGCUCCCAUCACUACUGAGUGGAGAAUCGCAUGCUCUCUGCCGAUGGCGCCGCAAAGAGCUGAACAACUUGUGGCUUAAGUCUUGCCACCACCUCCCCACCGAUUGCUCCCACCUUUCUGGGAUCCUGGGAGGGAGACAAUACAUUGAGAUUCACCCUGUGUGGUGAACUUCGGCACAGUGCUGGGAUUCGGUGCAAACCCGUGAGAUUUGGCACAGGGUAUCGAGAUUCGGUGCGUGGUGGUGAAAAUUCGAUCAUCGUGCAUUGAGGUAUUGUGUUGCGUGUAAAGGUUCCACAUUACAUUGAAUUUGUCCCUGGAGUUGCUACCUGUCCAGGUUUGAUACGGACAUCCCGGGACUGGUAUCUGUGUGCGGGUGGCAGGAAUUGACUUGUGCUGAGAUCUGUGGCCAGUAUUGAUGGUUUCAUGACAGUUUACUGCACAGUUUUGAUAUGCCCAGGCUGAGAAUAUAGGCGUGUUUGGGCUGCAGUGGGAGAGCUCGUGUGACCCUAUUGCGGAUGGCACGAUACCGAUUGGCACAGCACGAUGGUCCAGAUUUCGCGCCGAUUUUAUCGGCCCAAAACCCUACCCCCUUCCCUUGAGGAAUGCUACACACUGUCGAAACUACACGCGGUGCCAAACCCUGACCAUUGCUUUCCUUUUGCGAGGGUUGUGCCGACUCAGCUGGCGCCACACGUGUGGGUGCUACUGGCAAGAGGGGAGUGGCGGUCGUGAGAGGUGGUGGCGGCGGCGGCGGCGGCGGUGGUGGUUGUUGCUGUUUUUUGGGUUUGGAUUUUUUUUGUAUUGUGUUCCUCGACUGCCUGCCGCCCCUUUUCAGUGCGCCUCGGUGUCUCCCGGUCGCCCCGUGGAGGGAUAAGAGAUGCUGCACCUCGUGGGCUUUUUCCCCGCGCGUCAUUUAAACGAGCGUUGCGUGGCAGCUUGUGCAAAUAAAAAAAAGGUGGCUGAACCGCCGGUGCC